UAAGUGAAAGUGAAACUCCGGAAAAGAACCCGUAGAGGGGGACAAAGUCCCUUCCACUUCGUGUCCGUAUGUGUAAUGUACUAGAUGUGCCAGUGUGCUGAGAAACAUACCGGGAAUCAAAACAAUGAAAGCGAUCAUCCAAAGAGUUACCAGGGCGUCUGUGACAGUGGGAAAUGAUACGAUCAGUUCAAUAGGACGGGGUGUGUGUGUGCUGCUCGGGAUAUCUGCGGAGGACACCCACACAGAUGCCGAGUACAUCAUACGCAAGAUCUUGAACCUGCGGCUGUUUGAAGAUGAGAAUGGUCGGGCUUGGAGCAAAAGUGUCAUGGACCAGGACUAUGAGGUUCUGUGUGUGAGCCAGUUUACACUACAGUGCAUACUGAAGGGCAACAAGCCGGACUUCCACUUGGCGAUGCCCGCAGAAUUGGCCCAACCUUUCUAUGCCAGCAUCCUGGAGAACAUGAGGAGUUCCUACAAGCCUGAACUGGUUAAAGAUGGAAAGUUUGGGGCCUCCAUGAGUUUACAAAUUCAAAAUGAUGGUCCCGUAACCAUUGAACUGACGUCACCUCCUGUUUCUUCAGACCCCCGGCAGUUGUCCAAGCAGGAGAAGCAGCAGCAAAGGAAAGAAAAGGCACGCUCCAAGGGAACCUCCGAGUCAAGUCGGGAGAAGAGCGCCCUACGUUCCCGACAGGACACUAAUGCGAGUAGUGGUGCAGAGGGUGACGUGUCUUCAGAAAGGGAGCCCUAGAUCUCCAGACUGAGUGUGUAUUUGAAUAGGAUUGGCUGGCAACCGAUUCAGGGUGUCCCCCCGCCUACUGCCCGGAGACAGCUGGGAUAGGCUCCAGCACCCCCCGCGACCCUUGUGAGGAUCAAGCGGUUCGGAAGAUGAAUGAAUGAAUGGAUGAUACUUAAUUUUUUUUUUCAAUUUUUCCAAGACUUAGGGUAAAAAAAAAAAUACAAAAGGGAUCUAGAAUCGGCUGGUACUGAAUGUGUUUUAAUGUGCUUGAAUGUUUGAACAUGAUUACCAUGGUUCAUGUAAGAGCUUUUCCAAAUGACUAAUGUCGCAAUAUCAUGAAUAAAUGUGUUUCUUCAAUGUU